UCCCUUUCUUCUUCGUAUACGUUUUGCACUUGAACAAGUCCCUAUAGAACAUGACCAACGUACCGCGGUCUCUCAGUUACUCUUCCCUAACCCUAUUCAAGCAAGCCAUCGCUGCCUCAGAUCCAUGGCCCUUCUCCUGCGUUUUCCUCUGAGAUUCUUCAUCUAGCUAGGGCACUAGGGUUUGUUUCUGCGAUCUUCCUCCUCGCCUUCUUUUCCUCCUUUCUCUUUUCCGGGUUGGUUUUUUAAUUUUCAGAUAUGGGUACGAAUUUCCAUAUACACCUCCCUCACCUUCAUCAUCACAACAACCACAAGAACAAGCAGGUGAAUGGCCGAGACGUUCCGAAGGGGUGUCUGGCGAUCAAGGUAGGCCUGGGAGAAGAGCAGCAGAGGUUCGUGGUACCUGUGCUUUACUUCAACCACCCGCUCUUCAUUCAGCUCUUGAAGGAAGCCGAGGAGGAGUACGGGUUUGAUCAGAAGGGCACCAUCACCAUCCCUUGCCAUGUGCAGGAAUUCCGGUACGUUCAGGGCAUGAUUGAUAGGGAGCGGUCAGUUCACGGCCACCACAAUCACCACCACGUAGGAGGGUGCUUUAGGGUUUGAUGAUCAUCAAGAAACCGGUCGAUCAAAGAUUGUAUCUUGUGCUAGAAUAGGUUUUGAGACCCAAUUUCAAUUGUGGAAAUUUUGGAGUCUUUGUUUCUUAUUUUUUGUGUUUUGGUUGUUAAUUGGAAGAUGAUGGAAAAGGUGAGGUGGUGAUAAUGGAUGAUGAUGAUGAAAAGUUUCUUAGAGUUAAUGUGGCUUGCAAAGUGGUCAUUUUUAAUUUUGUGUAGGAAUCAUAUUAAAGAAAAAAUAGAGUUUACUCACUCAAGAGUACUCGAGAGCUUUUCUUU